UACAUCCAAUAUCUAUCCAUCUUCCCAUUACACACACGGGAAACAAAACUCACCAUCCUUCUCUCUAGGGUUCUUCUUCUCUUGUAAUUUUCUUCAAUUACUCCACUUCUAAUUUCUUUUUCCUUCUGGGUUUCUCUUACCGGAUUCUUUUACUUGCUGCUGAAUCUGUCCUUAGAUUUUCAAACUUUUCUUGUUUAUUCUGCUUCCUAGCCUUGCUUUUUCACUUUUGGUUUCCCAGAUGCUGAGAACUGGAUCCUUUCGCCGCUCUGUUUGUUGAUCAAGAAAAAUACUUGGAGAUUGUUAAGCAGUCAGCAAAUUUCGGUUCGUCCAAGCUGUCACUUAUUUGGGGCGGAUAAGUAGCUUUCUUAGACGUCUGUAGAUAAGAUAAGUUUGAUUUGGGUUCAGAGAGGUGCGAUUUGAAACAUGGGUUUUAUGUGUGAUUUCUGCGAGGAUCAAAGGUCCAUGGUAUAUUGUCGAUCUGAUGCUGCGUGCUUAUGUUUGUCUUGUGACCGAAAUGUUCACUCUGCUAAUGCCCUGUCAAAACGCCAUUCGAGAACACUUAUUUGUGAGAGAUGCAACUCACAACCUGCAUUAGUUAGAUGUGCUGAAGAAAAGGCUUCUCUUUGUCAGAAUUGUGAUUGGGUAGUGCAUGGUAAUUCUACCUCUGCCUCAACUCACAAGAGGCAAACUAUCAGUUGUUACUCUGGAUGCCCUUCAGCUGCAGAACUUUCUUCUAUUUGGUCAUUCGUCUUAGAGCUCCCUUCUACAGGUGAAUCUACAUGUGAGCAAGAAUUGGGCUUAAUGAGCAUUACUGAGAAUAGAGCCAAAAAUUCCUGGGGGCCUUCAGAUAACCCUAUAAGUCAAAAUGCUGGUGUUGUCGACGGAAAAGAUGUGCGCAACUCAGACAAGUCAGGUCAUUUGAUUGGGUCUUCCUCAGCACCUGGUCCUAAUUCUGCUCCACGCAAUCUAGAUCAGCUACUUGGAUCAUCAAAUGCUACGUUAGCAAAGUCAUGCUCUCCUGGAACAAAAGGUCUUGGAUUCUGUGAAGAUGAUCUUUAUGGAGACUUCCUUAUGGAUGAAGUGGAUUUAAAUCUCGAAAAUUAUGAAGAACUUUUUGGUGUAACACUUAAUCAUUCACAAGAGCUUUUUGAGAAUGGUGGACUAGAUAGCUUGUUUGGGACAAAGGACAUCUCUGCUGCUGAAUCCAACUGUCCGGGUGCUGUUGCUGCUGAGGGAUCAUCAGUUGGACUGGUUAGUGCAAUGCAGCCAGCUUGCAGCAAUGCAGCAUCUGCAGAUUCUGUUAUGAGUACCAAAACUGAACCCAUUGUACGUUUUACGGCAAGGCAAGGUCAUUCCAACCUCUCAUUUUCUGGGCUGACUGGAGAGAGUAGUGGUGGGGAUUAUCAAGAUUGUGGGGCUUCAUCAAUGCUUCUCAUGGGGGAGCCUCCAUGGCUUCCUUCAUGCCCUGAGGGUUCCUUGCAAUCAGUAAGCAGGAGUAAUGCAGUUAUGCGCUACAAGGAAAAGAAGAAGACACGAAAGUUUGAUAAGAGAGUAAGGUAUGCCUCCCGUAAAGCAAGGGCUGAUGUGAGAAGACGUGUGAAAGGCCGGUUUGUCAAAGCCGGUGAUGCCUAUGAUUAUGAUCCACUGAACCAAACCAGAAGCUGCUGAGAGUACAAUUUUUAACCAUGCUUAGAAAACGAAAGAAACACCAGAUGUUUUGUUGGAAAGAAUUGGUUAUUACCCAAGCAAUGGAUUGAUGCAUAGUUCUUUUGCUGUGAAAUGACAAGCUGUGUCAUUGUAUCACAGGUGCAUGGGUUUUAUUUAAAGGAGUGGAUGUAGAAUGCCGGUUUGUGAUUAUUCAACAAUAAAUGCGGGAACAGAGGCCUGAUAUCCAUUACCAUAAAUGGUGGUAAAUUCUGAUUUCUACCAUAUGAUUUGGGGUACCCCCUAACUUUAAGCUAUGAAUUCUGUUAUUGUGCCAUUCCUUUGGGCAAAUGAAGUUCUCCAUUCAACUAGAGGGAAGGAUGCUUACUAGUCCUUACAGCCAUAUUUGUAACCCGUUUCAUUAGAUCAGCUAUUAAAGUAUCUUCUAUUUCUUCCAACUCGUUGGAGCUUGCGAAAACAUGAGCCCCAACUCCACAGGAUGGUUGGCCGUUGAAAUCAACUUGCUAGACUCUAGUGAAACAGCUUGCAAUUGUAAUCUUUGUUCUUUUUUUGUCUUGUCCUUGAAAAACAUGUACAGCACAGGAUCUAUGUAUGUAAAAAUUGACAUAGGGUGUAUAAUGUCUGGUCAAGAGACAAUGAAGACUUCAGAAAGAGAACAUCCUUUCGAUAGCUUUUUUAUUUGGACAUGUAUAGCAAAAAAGGAUGAGUAUAUGUGCACGUUUUCCCAAUGUAUUUCUUUUAUGUUUUGGGACCCCUUGGGAUAUUAUAAAUCAGGUGCUAUAUGCCGUUGUUUUAGUCCUAAACUGAGAAGUUGCAGGUAU